ACUAAGUAACUCCAACUAUAAGUUCUGCACUUACCUGAUUGUGUUGCUCCACCCAAAACCACACAUCUUCUCAUCAGUUUCUUUUACUUCAUUCUCCUUACGUCCAUGGCCACUCUCAAAACCACAGCCCUUACUUUUCUCGUGGCCGCAAUUCUAGCCGGACUUUUGCCGGAAUCCACUGUGGGUCAGAACUGUGGCUGUGCCCCAGACAAGUGCUGCAGCAAGCAUGGGUACUGUGGCUUAGGCGACGAUUACUGUGGCUCUGGAUGCCAAGAGGGUCCAUGUACUCCGGUAACUAGCAACGGUGUUUCGGUUGGUGAUCUUGUGACACCUGAUUUCUUUAACGGGAUAAUCGGUCAGGCAGCCGCUAACUGCGAGGGAAAAAAUUUCUAUACCCGGGAUGCAUUCCUCAACGCCCUUGCUCCGUAUCCCGGCUUCGGCCAGACGGGGACGCCCGACGACUCCAAGCGUGAAAUUGCAGCCUUCUUUGCUCAUGCCACCCAUGAGACUGGAUAUUUCUGUUUCAUAAACGAGAAAGAAGAAACCAGAAAGGACUACUGCGACCCGAGCUACACGCAGUACCCGUGCGCUCCAGGGAAACAGUACUUCGGCCGCGGACCACUUCAGCUAUCUUGGAAUUACAACUACGGAGGUGCCGGAAAGAGCAUCAAAUUCGAUGGUUUGGGUUCUCCGGAGACGGUGGCGACUGACGUGGUGGUGUCUUUCAAGGCAGCACUUUGGUUUUGGAUGGAAAAUGUGCAUUCAAUCAUUACUUCCGGCCAAGGAUUUGGGGCGACGAUCAAGAAAAUCAAUAGCGGUGAAUGUAGUGGAGGAGCUUCGGAUAAAGUUCAGUCUCGCAUUGGGUUUUACACAGGUUACUGUAAUCAAUUUGGUGUGUCACCGGGUGACAAUCUCUCUUGCUAGAAUUACAGUAAUUCUUCUUCCCAGGUUUGCUUUGAGGUUUAUAUGAAUGUAUUUAUUGUCGAUCAUUUCAGGUUGGAAAACUCGUUACAUUUUCGAGAUGAUAAAAAAAACGUUCCCUGAUAUAAGAGAGAAUAAUUGCCAAAAUAGAAAAUAAAAAGUAAAAGAGUAUUUUCUCUUAUUGCUUUAUUCUUCGUUUUUCUUUUUCCUGCAGUUUGUAUUUGCACACUUGGAAGUGCCAAGGUAUAGAAUAAAAAUAAUCUUCGGAGCCACAAGCUUUGAAAAGAUUUUUGUGAAUUA